AUGCUGGAUACGCACAAGGAAGAAGGAGUUUGUGUCCGUUCAUGGAGAAAUUUAGUGAGAAGGAAACACGUCGACCCUGCAAAUGGCGAAGCCAAGACCCAUCACCAGCAGCUCGCAAAAGCCUUGACAUUUCUUCACUUGAUUGCAAUUGGUGUUGGAUCAACAAUUGGAGCAGGGGUUUAUAUUCUUGUGGGAACAGUGGCUGGAGAGCAUUCAGGACCUGCUCUCGCCUUUUCAUUCCUUAUAGCUGGAAUUUCAGCUGCACUUUCCGCUUUUUGCUACGCCGAACUCUCUAGUCGUUUUCCCUCAGCUGGAAGUGCCUACCACUAUUCUUACAUUUGCAUUGGUGAAGGUGUUGCGUGGUUGAUUGGUUGGGCACUGAUUCUGGAAUACACAAUUGGUGGUUCAGCAGUCGCACGUGGCAUAUCUCCAAAUCUGGCAUUGAUUUUCGGUGGUGAAGAUUGUCUUCCUACAAUUUUAGCUCGUCAUCAAAUCCCGGGCCUGGAUAUUGUUGUUGACCCAUGUGCUGCGGUACUAGUCUUCGUUGUAACAGGGCUCUUGUGCAUUGGAGUAAAGGAGAGCACAUUUGCUCAGGGAAUUGUGACAACAGCAAAUGUCUUUGUCAUGCUAUUUGUCAUAGUAGUUGGUAGUUUUCUGUGUUUCAAGACAGGUUGGGCUGGUUAUCAACUUCCAACGGGGUAUUUUCCAUACGGGGUUGAUGGAAUGCUUGCUGGAUCUGCUACAGUCUUCUUUGCCUACAUCGGAUUUGAUUCAGUUGCAAGUAUGGCAGAGGAGGUGAAAAAUCCCCAGCGGGAUUUACCGCUGGGUAUUGGUCUUUCACUCCUGAUUUGUUGUUUCCUAUACAUGAUGGUUUCUAUUGUUAUUGUUGGUUUAGUGCCCUAUUCUAAUAUGGACCCUGACACCCCGAUAUCCUCUGCAUUUGCUAGUCAUGGAAUUCAAUGGGCUGCAUAUUUGAUAACUCUAGGUGCUGUCAUGGCUCUGUGUUCUGCUUUAAUGGGCUCCAUUCUCCCUCAGCCACGGAUUCUGAUGGCAAUGGCUAGAGAUGGUCUGUUGCCUUCAUUUUUCUCAGACGUCAACCAACGCACGCAGGUUCCUAUUAAAGGGACCAUAACAACUGGUUUUUGUGCAGCAAUCUUAGCAUUCUUUAUGGAUGUUUCACAACUGGCGGGCAUGGUGAGUGUCGGGACACUUGUUGCAUUUACAAUGGUUGCAGUAUCGGUGUUGAUACUCAGAUAUGUUCCCCCAGAUGAGGUACCUCUUCCGUCAUCUCUUCAAGAGAGGAUUCGUUCUGUUCCCUUCAUAUAUGUUGAAGAAAACUCAUCCAGUGACGUUGGCACUUCUGUUAGUAGCAGCCAACCUUUACUUUGCAAAACUGAUGUUCCAGUUAUGGAGAAGCAAGAAGCUCAAGGAGGUUGGGUUCUUACUAAAGAAAACAGAAGGAAAAUCGCUGGUUGGAGCAUUAUGUUUACUUGUACAGGGAAUUUCUUAUUAACCUAUGCAGCAUCAAGCUUGCGCUUACCAGGACUCUUCCGGUAUUCUCUAUGUGGUGUUGGUGGAUUGCUCCUUCUUGUCGGUUUAAUUGUGCUGAGUUGUGUAGAUCAGGAUGAUGCCAGACACAGUUUUGGGCACUCUGGAGGCUUCAUUUGCCCAUUUGUUCCACUUUUGCCUAUUGUCUGCAUUCUGAUAAACAUGUAUCUCUUGGUAAACCUUGGAGCUGCGACAUGGGCUCGUGUUUCGGUGUGGCUUCUCAUCGGAGUACUUGUUUACCUGUUCUACGGGCGAAGACACAGCUCUCUUGUGGAUGCAGUUUACGUCCCAACUGCUCGUGCCCAGGAGAUUCGUCGCGCUUCUGGACAUUCUUUGUCUUAA